AUACCUAACUUCUCCUAACCAGUCAUGAGUCAUGUUCCCAGCUAGUCAGGUUUAAUACAUAUUACGGAGGGUAGGGUAGGGUAGCAAAACUGAAAAUGUUCUCAGAUUACCUGGAUAUUUUUGUAAUGGAGAGGACAAUAAAUCAACUAGCCGACAAGCGACAAGUCAAGGGUUGGUGCCUCGGAUCACAUAUCUCCUCUGUGUUGCAGGUUGCAAGAGCAAGACGGAACUCACAUUAUUCCCCAUUUAUCAUCAAUGGAAUUCUGCACUGUGAAGCCUGAGAGGUGGAUUGAGAAGGGGUAGCUACGGCACCAACCAACUGCUGUGAUUUUCCUCUCUAUUCUGAGGCUUUAAUAAUGCAGAGAAGAAGAAUUAUGUUGGGCAGAUGGUCUGCUAGCGUCAAAUAUUCCGUAUUCUCCUGGUAUUUCUUCUUCUCUUUAUCCUUUUCUUCCCUGUUAUUUUGCGCCGCGAGAGACAGCAUAACUGCUCACCAACCCAUCCUUGACGGAGAACUAGGAGAAACUCUCGUUUCUGCCAGAGGCAGAUUCGAAUUGGGGUUUUUCACUCCUGGUAAUUCUACCAACAACCGGUACCUGGGGAUUUGGUAUCAUGGUGUGUCUCCUCAAACGCUUGUGUGGGUCGCCAACAGAGAUCGCCCAAUUCCAAAUAGAAAUGGAGUGUUUACCAUCGCCGGGGACGGAAACCUCCAGAUUUUAGAUGGUGAAAGAAAAGUAGUUUGGUCUACAAAGGUCGUAACUGUAACCACUAACACCACCGCUACGCUCUUGGAUUCUGGGAACCUUAUCCUGACGGCAGGAGGAAGAGGAGGAGGAGAGAAUGGGAAUCACAACCCGAUAUGGCAGAGCUUCGUCUAUGAUGAACGUAACCCAUCGAAUAUGUUCCUCCCAGGCAUGAAGCUGGAGGCAAAUCAGAUGCUAAGAUCAUGGAUAGAUGAGUAUGAUCCAGCACCAGGAGCAUUCACAUUUGAGCAUCAUGAUAGUGGGCUAUACCAGUUUACCAUCAAUAAUGGAUCAACCGUCUACUGGAGAAGUGGAUCGUCGGAUGGAUUAUCUUUCUUAGUAACCUACUUGCUAUCAAAUUACAGUGUCGAUGCCAUUGAUUACUCCAAUGGAAAUCUGUCGGAUCAACUCACAAGGAAAAGUAUUAACUCAUCCCAAGUCAAUAGAAGCGUAACAAAAUUCAAUUACAGGAACACGAGGCUGGUGAUUGACCCAACUGGCCGAAUCAAAUUUCUGAGGCUGAGAGGCCACGCCUGGGAAUUGUUAUGGUCGUUACCGAACGACAACUGCAACGUUCACAAAGCUUGUGGUGCCAACGCUGUUUGCAAUGCCAAUAAUACGCCGGCAUGUGAAUGUUUGCCUGGAUUCCGUGCCCAAUCGCAGGAAGAUUGGGAUUCCGGCAACUAUUCCGGUGGGUGCACGAGAGCCAUCGCAAAUAACGAGGUAUGGAAGGAAGACUUCGCCCCUUUUAAUAUAUUGAAUGUAAAGGAAGCAGAGUCGUCGCAGUUUGAAGCUAAGAAUGAGGCAGAGUGCAGACAGGAAUGCGUUAACAGAGGUUGCAAAGCUUAUUCAUUUGAAGCUUCUGAUAACCAGAGCGUAGAGCAUUAUUCUUGCUGGAUUUGGAGUCGGGACGAGAAGACUAUAAAUGGCAUUCAGGUGGAUAAUCCCAAGCACAGGAGACGGAAGAUUCACGUCCGCAGGGCACUUUCCAGUUCAGGGCCUACUGGUAAGCAAUGCAAUGAAAACUUUCACUGGGAUCCAUCAACAGCGAACUGUACUCCAGAUGCUGUCAACAAAACUGAACAAGCCCAUUCCUCCAGGAAGCCAUUGCCUACGAAAAUCAUUGUACCCAUAGCAGUUGCUUUUGGUUCCUUUUGCACUGCUUUCACUAUCUGUCGAUUAAGGAAGUGGUUGGCCAAAAGAAAAGCACGCAGGGAAAACAUUCAAAAACAUCCUGUAGCUCAUUUGGAUGAAAAUGGGGAUCAUCCUGGGGACAUCCUAGAUUUGGACAAGUUUAGAGAAGAUAAACAAAAAGGAAUAGAUGUGCCAUUUUUCAAUUUUAAAAGCAUAGCAGCUGCUACCGAGAAUUUCUCUGAUUCAAAUAAGCUUGGACAAGGAGGGUUUGGGUCUGUCUACAAGGGUCAAUUUCCGGGGGGACACAAAAUAGCUGUGAAAAGGCUUUCAAAGAGUUCUGGACAAGGUCUAAAAGAAUUCAAGAAUGAGGUUCUAUUGAUUGCCAAACUUCAACAUAGAAAUCUCGUCAGGCUUCUGGGUUAUUCCAUCAAAGGAGAUGAGAGAAUGCUGCUUUAUGAGUACAUGCCUAACAGAAGCUUGGACUGCUUUAUCUUUGAUCAAAAACGUUGCUUGUUAUUGAAUUGGGAAAAACGCUUCAAUAUCAUAAUGGGACUUGCUCGUGGACUUUUGUAUCUUCAUCACGAUUCCAGGUUGAGAAUUAUCCAUAGAGAUCUGAAAACAAGUAAUAUUCUUUUGGAUGAGGAGAUGAAUCCCAAAAUCUCAGACUUUGGCCUGGCAAGGAUUGUCGAAGGAAAUCAGACCAAAGAGAAUACCAACAGAGUAAUCGGAACAUAUGGGUAUAUGUCUCCAGAGUAUGCAUUAGAUGGGUUUUUCUCAGUUAAAUCUGAUGUCUUCAGCUUUGGGGUAGUACUCCUUGAAAUCAUCAGUGGCAUGAAGAAUACGGGUUUUUAUCAGUCAGAACAAUCUUCGACCCUUCUAGGAUACGCAUGGAGAUUAUGGAAAGAAGACAAGGCGUUGGAUUUGAUGGACAAGUCAUUACGUGAACCAUGCAAUACAUUUGAAGUUAUGAAGUGCAUCCAUGUUGCACUCUUGUGCAUACAAGAUGAUGCAGAUGAUCGCCCAACUAUGUCAAAUGUAGUUUUCUUGUUAGGCAGUGAAACUGCCAAUUUUCCAAUUCCAAAACAACCAGCUUACACUGAAUGGAGAGCUCUGUCUAUUUCAGCUACUUCAUAUAGUAGACCAGAAAUAUGUUCUGGUAAUCAGUUAACCAUCACGAUAGAAGGUCGAUAACUAGCGCGGUGGAAUUUCUUUUUAUUAACUGUAAAUUUUUUCACUAUUUUUUUUCCAGAACGGAUCAUAUAUAGCUCAUAAUUUGUGCAUUGUAUAAAUGGCCUUUUGUUUGCACAGAA